UUCGCGGGAAAUAUUCUAAUUUCCUUGAAAAAUAAUUGAAUUUGUUAGUAAAGUGCAUAAAAUCUGCUUAUUCUGAAUAAUUAUAAUAUGGUAAAUAAAUAUGAUUUUACAAGAACUAGAUAUAAAUAAGUUAUCGAAGCUAGUAUCACAACAAGUUUAUCAAGUAACUUGCAUUGAAUGCUGCAAGUUAUUUUCAAUACCUACCACAGCGAAAUGCGGCCACACCCUGUGUCACACUUGCUGGCGAGGGAGACACAAGUGCCCCACCUGUAGCGUAGACCAUGACAAGGCAUCUCUCAAGCUGAACCUGCCUUUGCAGAACCUCACUAAACAUGUUCUGAAACUUCAGGAAACAUUUGAAGACUUGUUUAAGAUAAAAUUGGAGGAAUGUCUGUUAGACUCACAUGAUGAAGUAGAACAAGAUCCAAGCAAAAAUGUAACUGACUGGCUGGCCUCUUCUCAAAACCAUUUUUCUAUGCCACCUACAAAUUCUGCACAGUUUACACAAGAUACAUCCGUGUAUGUCGAACAAGUUACGAGCCAUGCGCAAGUUCACAGUGAGAACAAAAAGAAACCUGUGCCCAUGGAGGUAGAAUAUGUACCCCCAAAAGAGCAGGACUGGGAUAGAAUUGAAGAAAUGCCUGAACCUGACAACAAUCACAAAAAUAAAGCAAAUAUAGUUGGUCCCAUGGACAUUGAAACAUUUGAUUACAUAAUAGAUGAUAAUGACAAGGAAUAUACCAAUGAAAAACCUCGCAGAAGUAUUAGAAACAAAGAGAACACUAGCAAUAACAAAUCUAAAGUUUCAAUUGACAUGGCUAUUAAUGCUAACUGCACUAGUACAAGUUCUAUGGAGACUAACAACAAGUCCAACAAAACUGUGAAGACUUGGAACAAUGUUAAAAAAAUGAAAAAGGACCUAAAUAAAGUUAAAAACAAUAAAAACAAAUUGAAUGUUUCUACUGAAAUGUGUAAAAAGACUCAAGGUAUUGCAAGAAAAGCGAAUGAGGCGGCCGACUCACAAGCCAUGUACAGCAUUGAUGACAAUACUCCUGAUAUUGCCACUGAAAAAACAAGUGUUGUUGAGAAAAAUGACUCUAAAAUUGUUGGUAAUGUUGUAAAAUCCAACCCCGAAAAUAAUGAUUCAAAUGUACCACAAAAAGAAGUUUAUCAAACAAGUGUACACUCUCACAGAAGUACAAAAGACAAUGACAAUGUAGAAAAAAAUAAAAGAAGCACGGAUAACAACAAUAUUGACAGGCCAAAUAAAAGCUUAAGCAAUUUAAGUAACCAGAACAAAUGUAAUAGUAGUGAUAAUAGAGUAAUAUUUAUAAAAAAGAGUACUUUUGUCGCUAAGAAUAAAUACAGUAAAGAAAACAUUGUUUUUGAUGGACAUAAUGUGCAAUGUGUAAAUACAGAUGACAUUGAAAUAACUAUUAAAGUUGGAAAUACAGUAGCCAAUAUACACAUUAAGAAGAAAGAUAAUGAUGUACAGCUAAAUAUACAAUCUGACAAAGAAGUUCAGACUUCCCUUAGAGAUGUAAGUGUUCAAAUGAAGAAACCAGAUUCAGUUGACAUACAAAUUGAAGAGAAAAUAUCACAAAACCAACAUAAUAUUAAAGUAAACAGCAUACACCAGUCACAGGGUACUACAAAAACUGACUUUAAUAAUAUAGAAAAGAAAUCAGCGUCAACCAAGAAGAAUACAGCAUCAGCUGACACUGCUACUGCUGAAAUAACUGCAAGUGUUGAGAAGGAGCUGUUUCAGACUAUGGAUAAAAAUACACAGCAAGAUUUAAAUACUACAGUCAAAUCAACAUCACAAGCUCUAAGAGAAGUAGAGCAGAAUGUAGCCGAACUAAAUGAUCUAGACAUAUUCGACAGCGAGUCAGUGAAGGAGGGAAAUGUUCAGCCUCUAAAAGAAACUAAAAAUACUCCAUCUGCUAUACUCGUACCUACAUACAAGAGUAGUAGAACUGUAAAGAGAAGUAGAGAUGAUAGUGAAAAUGAGAAGCCCAAUACUAAGAAAAGAAAAUCUAAUAAAAAGAUGGAUGUAGACACUAUUGAGGAGAAUUCUCUUUGUGAAGAUGUUCCAAAACCUAACACCUUGGAGUGUAGUGAGCUGGACAACUACAAUGAUAUCAUCAGUCAAGUGUUUGCUAACAUUGAUGCUGAUAUCAAUCAUAUGCAGAAGAGUAAUAACAAAACUGCCACACAAAAUGAAGGGAAUAACGUAAAAAGAAAUGAUAAUGUUAACACAACACAAAAAUACAGUGAAAACGUGUUUUCUGUUCUUGGAAAGGACAGCGUCGGACUUGAUAAUGAGAUUGAAAAACAGAAUGAAUCUCAGAAAAGCAUUGUAUGUGAGGAGAAAACAGAUAACACAAGCAAAAAAACUUCACCGCACAAUGUGUCAGACCUAGUAGUGCAGAGUACACCCAUGCAGGAGGACACACUCUCUGGCCAGAGUGUAGUUGAAGAAACACCACAGAAAAGUUCUUCCUUCACAAAAGCCAGAACAAGGGGCGACAGCGCCAAGAAUAAUUCCAAACUCAAUAUAAAUAGAAUUAACUCCAUCGAGAGACAUUCGCAGCGGAAAGGAAGUACGCAACGCGAAUCGAACGUGAUCACCUUGUGUGAUACAGUGGUCGACAUCAGCAAAGCCGCUGACGAAUCCAAGGGCCGACCAACGCUGGACACUCCGGUCACCAUCAACAAGUUUGUGGACCAAAUCAAGUACAAAUCUACGCCAGUCGCCAAAAAGUCCCUGGACUUCGAUGGAGAGAGUACAGAGGAGCAGACAUUCUGCUCCAGCUUUGUUGCAGCAAAGACCACGCAGGAGAAGGAGUUUAUGAGUAAAGCCUUCGAGCAGUCGUACUCGCCGUCGCGCACACUAGUUCAGAAGAAAAUGGCUAAGGACUUGAAGUACUGCAUCGCCGGGUCCUGCCUCUCGUCGCAGCAGCAGCUCAACCUCAAGAAACUGUGUGCGCUCAAGAAUUGGACCUUCACCGACAAGUAUACGAAGGACUUGACGCAUCUGGUAGUAGGAGUCGACGAGGAGAAUAAGGCACAGAGGUCAGUGAAGUUCAUGCUGGCGCUGUCUGCGGGGCGGUGGAUCGUGUCGUACGAGUGGGUCGCCAAGUGCCUGCAGACACAGAAUGUUGCUGACGAGGAGGAGUUCGAGGCGCUGGACGGCACGGGGGCGGCGGGCCCGCGGCGCGCGCGGCUGGCGGCGCGACCGCUCUUCGCCGGCCUCGCCUUCAUCACGCAUCCGCCCUUCACCGUGCUCACCGAGGACACGCUCAAGGAGAUGGUGGUGUCAGCGGGAGGCACGGUGGUGGAGGCGGCGUCGGGGGGCGGAGCGCCGCCGCUGCUGCUGGCGGAGCCCGAGCACACGCAGGAGGACCGCUUUCUGUGUAAGAAUAUUAUGACCCUAAAGAUCUGGCGAUGGAGCGCGGCGUGGUGCCGGUGAACUACGAGUGGGCGCUGAACUGCCUGGGCAGCUACACCCUCACCUCCGUCUACGAGCUGCUGCUGUGCCCGGCCUCGCUCCUGCCCAAGUCCAUAGACACGUGGCCGCCCGAGCUCAUCGCCAGGGACGACGAAUAAACUUUACAUACUGUUGAUACAAAUAAAAUAUAUUUUACAUUUUUUU